AUUAUUUAAAAUCGGAGUUUUCAUAAUAUGCGGCGCACCCACAGGCACCUCUCUCCCUUAGCCCUCCGAUUCGUCCCAGUCCUCGCCGCCCCCCGAUCCGACGGUCCCCAUUCGACGUACGUGGUCAGUACAUAAUCUUACAAUCCGUAUUCUGACACCCCAAGAGCCGAAGAGAGAGAAAGUGGAAGGGUGUGUUUUUAUCAUUUUAUGUAUAAAAUUAAUAAUGUUCGAGACGCCGACGACCCAACCAAACCGAAUUCAUCUUCGGCGACUUUUCGUGGUCACAGGCCAGUCUCUACCAUAGCUCCUGCUCUUCUCUCCUCCUCCGCAACUCAAUCUUUCCUGCGGCUUUACUUCUAUAUUCGCGAUUUAGGGCUCGGUCCUGGUGAUUUGUGAUUCUCUGAUCUCGCUUCGAUUUUCUGUGUCUCUGUGUUCUAAUUUUGUGAUUGAGUGGGAGAAUGUCGGGAGGGAAGAGCUUGAGGAAAGCACUCGGAGCCAUUAAGGACACAACAACUGUUGGAUUGGCUAAAGUAAAUAGUGAUUAUAAGGAAUUGGAUAUUGCUAUUGUGAAGACCACAAAUCAUGUUGAACGCCCAGCAAAGGAAAAACAUAUAAGAGCUAUUUUUGCUGCCAUUUCAGCUACAAGGCCCCGGGCUGAUGUUGCAUACUGCAUACAUGCUCUUGCUAGACGGUUAUCAAAAACACAUAAUUGGGCAGUUGCAUUGAAAACAUUAAUUGUUAUUCAUCGUGCUUUGAGGGAAGUUGAUCCCACAUUCCAUGAAGAACUCAUUAAUUAUGGCAGGAGCAGAAGCCAUAUUCUAAACUUGGCUCAUUUCAAAGAUGAUUCCAGUACAAAUGCAUGGGAUUAUUCUGCCUGGGUUCGCUCAUAUGCUUUAUUUUUGGAAGAGAGACUGGAAUGUUUCCGUGUGUUGAAGUAUGACAUUGAGACAGAUCGCCCUAGAACCAAAGAUCUUGAUACAGGUGAAUUGCUUGAGCACUUACCAGCUUUGCAACAGCUUCUUCAUCGUGUUCUUGGUUGCCAGCCACAAGGAGCAGCAGUUCAUAAUUUUGUGAUUCAGUUAGCACUUUCAAUGGUUGCUUCAGAAAGCAUUAAAAUUCAUAAUGCCAUAAGUGAUGGUACAGUUAAUAUGGUCGACAAGUUCUUUGAGAUGCAACGUCAUGAUGCUCUAAGGGCGCUGGAUAUAUACAGGAGAGCAGGCCAGCAGGCAGAGAGACUGUCAGAAUUUUACGAAAUAUGCAAAAGCCUCGAUGUUGGCCGCGGAGAAAGGUUUUUAAAGAUUGAGCAGCCACCUGCAUCUUUUAUACAAGCUAUGGAAGAGUAUGUAAGAGAUGCUCCUCGAUCUUCAACAGCACGCAAGGAUCAGGUGGUUGAUGAUAAAAUUGCUGGUCCCAAAGUAAUAUUAGCCAUAGAGUACCAAAAGACCCCGGAGAGAAAGGAGGCCAGUCCACCAUCCCCUCCUCCCCCUGAACCAGUUAAAGUUGAAACACCUGUUGCUGAACCACCUGAUUUAUUGGGACUGAACGAUCCUAUUCCAGAAGCUUCAGACUUGGAUGCGAAGAAUGCCCUGGCUUUGGCCAUUGUUCCUGUUGCUGACCAACCAACUUCGACUGCUCCAACUCCAGCGAAUGGAGCUACAGGUUGGGAAUUGGCACUUGUUACUGCUCCAAGCUCAAAUGAGAAUUCCACUGCUGUUAGUAAACUGGGGGGAGGCUUGGACAAGCUUACACUAGAUAGCCUAUACGAUGAUGCAAUUAGAAGAAACAACCAAAACACGAGCUACAACCCUUGGGAACCAGCAGUCUCAGUGGCUGGUCCCGUGAUGCAACAAACAGCACACGACCCGUUCUUUCCCUCCAACACAGUGGCUGCUCCACCGUCUGUGCAGAUGGCGGCAAUGGCAAACCAGCAGCAGGCCUUCAUGUGGCAACAGCAGCAGCAGAUGAUGGUGAUUGGCCCACAACAACAGCAGCCUCUAAAUCCUUUUGGCAACUCAUAUGGAGCCACUGCCCAUCCUUAUGGCUCAGGUAUGCCUGUACCAUCCUACAAUCCUUACAGGGGCUUUAUUUAGACCCUCAGAGUCUGCACAAUGGAAACACCAUGGUAGAGUUGUCAGUUUUGGCUUUCGGGAGUGAGGAGUCAUGAAAGGAAGUAUAGGUAGUGCAUGUACCAUAUGUUGUGUCUGUGCAGUAGUAGAAAGAGAUUUGUUUACCAAUAAUUAGUCAGGGAAGGGCUUUGUAUUAUUGAUUAUUUAUGUUGAUGAAUGGUGGAAAUAAUAUUUUUGUGACUGGGAAAUUUUUUAACCUGCUUGAGGCUCAGUGUUUAAGCAGGGUAGUCAUACCUUAGUCAAGAGUUGGAUUUAAAUGAUAGCAAUGAUUUGUAAUCUCUUGAUUGUUUUUUGGUUAAUUGUGUGGAGACACUGUUUGAUUAAUGAUUCUUGUCUAUAUAAGUGGCCUCAAGAGACCAUGGUUUCAA